AACCUGGGGAUCAAUCCAGCUAACAUUGGAUUCAGCACCCUGACUAUGGAGUCUGAUAAGUUUAUCUGUAUAAGAGAGAAAGUGGGCGAGCAGGCACAGGUGGUCAUCAUUGAUAUGGCCGACCCCAACACUCCCAUCCGUAGGCCCAUCUCUGCAGAUAGCGCCAUCAUGAACCCUGCUAGCAAAGUUAUUGCCCUCAAAGGUAAGUACUUCCACUGACCCCAACAACCUGACCUGUUUCCUUUGACUCAACUAAUAUGUACAGAGGCUGUGUUUUUAACAACUGAAUUCACCCAAACUAAGUGGUUAACUACAACUUUAUUGACUGCUGUAGACCAUUUCCCUGUGUGUUGCUGUCCUAAUAUAAAAGGCCAUUUGUGUACAUUUGUGUUUGUCAGCAAGUUAUUGAUCUAGACCUGUCACAUUCUGCUUUGCGUGUUAAUGACCAUAUACAGGCCUGUAUAAUUUAUAUUUUGUUUUUAAAAUCUGCAGUAACAUUUCUUGUAAUUUGCUAUUUAUAGUCUACAUUUGAAACAAUUGAACCCCUUUGUACACUGAUAAAAUUGUCAUACUAUCAUGAAUGCUUUGUCUAUUUUUGCUUGUUUUUGCUCUUUUCGUUUCUUAAUGCUUUCUUAUGUGUUUGCAGACGGUGAGUUGGAUUUUUAUAUAUCAUGAGUUGUGGAAGUUGUAAUCAUGUUUGCACUGUGUUGGAAUGUCUGCCCAGUACUGUAUAUGUUAUGUUUACAUAGGAAGGAGUGUUUGAAAGUAGAAUGGAAGCACAAGGGGUUGAUUAAAAAACAGCAGGAUAUAGGAUAAAUGGCAAACAGAAUAUGGAAAUACAAGGAAGUUCAUCAAGACCUCAAGGGUUAAGGAAACAAAUACCUGAGUGGCACAGUGGUCUAAGGCACUGCAUCGCAGUGCUAACUGUGCCACUAGAGAUCCUGGUUCGAAUCUAGGCUCUGUCGCAGCCGGCCGCGACCGGGAGACUCAUGGGCGGCGCACAAUUGGCCCAGCGUCGUCCAGGGUAGGGGAGGGAAUGGCCGGCAGGGAUGUAGCUCAGUUGAUAGAGCAUGGCGUUUGCAACGCCAGGGUUGUGGGUUCGAUUCCCACGGGGGGCCAGUAUAAAAAAAAAAAAUGUAUUCACUAACUGUAAGUCGCUCUGGAUAAGAGCGUCUGCUAAAUGACUAAAAUGUAAAUGUAAAAUGUAAAAACUUCUGUGAGUAUGCCAUGUGCCAAUGUGCACCUUUAUGUCGACAAGUCCCCCUUAUUGCACACUACUGUCUCAAUGGCCUAGAGAUCGAGGCUAUUGCACAGGCUGAGAUGGUGAAACAUUCCUCUGAAGCAAGAUCCUUGUGAUAACUUUUGAUAAUUUAUUAUUCAUGCCCCUAUUAUGACUAAAUCCAGUUUGAGAGCUGGUCUUGGCCUAUAGGCCGAAGUAGUCAUGGUUUGCAUGAUUUUGUCAGUGCAUCCUUGACUGCAGUGUAAGAAACUUGCAUUCAGAGAACACAUUUAUUGCAGAUCCUACAGGAAAAUCAGACUACAGGAAAAUCAGAUAUGCAAUGCAAUAUUUAUUUCAAUACUAGACUAUGGUAGCCAAAUUCCUUUGUAGAUUUGUGAUAAUAAUAAUAAUAUGCCAUUUAGCAGACGCUUUUAUCCAAAGCGACUUACAGUCAUGCGUGCAUAAAUUUUUUUGUGUACGGGUGGUCCCGGGGAUCGAACCCACUACCUUGGCGUUACAAGCGCCGUGCUCUACCAGCUGAGCUAUAGAGGACCACCCGUACACAAAAAAAUUGUGAUGAUGAAUUAAUGUUGAAUUGACACCCCCACCCCUGUGUAUUGGUCUUUAUGUAGCAUAGAAUGUAUUCUAUUUUAAUUGUUUACUUGUCAGGCAAGAUAAGUGAUAGAAUAUUUGUUUUGCUCUGUGAUUUGUAGUCCAGGUGUAUAGCAUUACACAACAGGACAUGUAGGCCUAUAGACUUAGGCUGUGCUUUUCAGUGGUGAAAUUUGAAAACUAUAGCUGGUUCAUCAUAGGCUACAGCCACAAGAAAUGAAUGAAUAAGAAACUCUUUCAUUGCUCCAAUAAUAAGCCAGAGUGGCGCAGUGGUCUAAGGCACUGCAUCGCAGUGCUAGCUGUGCCACUAGAGAUCCUGGUUCGUAUCCAGCCACGACCGGGAGACCCAUGGGGCGGCGCACAAUUGGCCCAGCGUCGUCCAGGGUAGGGGAGGGAAUGGCCGGCAGGGAUGUAGCUCAGUUGGUAGAGCAUGGCGUUUGCAACGCCAGGGUUGUGGGUUCGAUUCUCACGGGGGGCCAGUAUGAAAAAAUAAAUAAUAAUAAUAAUGUAUGCACUCACUAACUGUAAGUCGUUCUGGAUAAGAGCGUCUGCUAAAUGACUAAAAUGUAAAAUGUAAUUGGAAAGCCUGAAAUGGAAUUGGUGUCAGUCAGUGCAUCCCAGGACACUUCUUGUACCUCAUCACAUCUGUUUGUGUUUUGUGGUCUUGCGUUAAUCUGCAUUCAGACCCAACCCAAACUCCCUCAUUCAUCUCAGGAUUAAUAUUGGGUUAGGAAUCCUGUAGAGCUGCUUGAACUCCAGAUUCACACACCUGAAGUUCACUUAUGACGAGGCAGAUACAAUGUUAGGACUUGAAUAGAAGGGCCUUAUACAGUGCCUUCAUAAAGUAUUCAUACCACUUGGCUUUUGUUGUUAGUUGUUAAAGCCUGAAUUCAAAUUUAAUCAAUUUGAUUUUUUUUCUCACCCAUCAACACACACUACCCCAUAAUGACAGUGACAACAUGUUUUUAGAAAUGCUUGCAAAUUGAUUGAAAAUAAAAUACAGAAAUAUCUCAUUUACAUAAGUAUUCACACCCCUUUGCUAUGACACUCCAAAUUGAGCUCAGGUGCAUCCAAUUUCCUUUGAUCAGCCUUGAAAUGUCACUACAACUUGAAUUUUGGCAAAUUCAAUUGUUUUGAAAUGAUUUAGAAAGAAACACACCUGUCUAUAUGAGGUCCCACAGUUGACAGUGCAUGUCAUUGCAGAAACUAUUCCAUGAAGUCCAAGAAACUGUCUGUAGAUCUCUGAGAUAGAAUUGUGAUGAGGCAAAUAUCUGGGGAAGGGUAUAACACAAUUUCUAGAGUGUUUUAAAGUUUCUAAGAGCACAGUGGUCUCCAUCGUUGGGAAAUAGAAAAACAUAUGGAACUACCCAGACUGGAUAGAGCUGGCUGUCUGACCAAACUGAACAACCGGGCAAGAAGGACCUUGGUCAGGGAGGUGACCAAGAUCCCAGUGACCACUCUGACAGAACUACAGAGUUCCUUGGCUGAGAUGGGAGAAGUUGCCAGAAGGACAACAGUCUCUACAGCACUUCACCAAUCUGGGCUUUAAGGGAGCGCGGCCAGAUGGAAGCCACUCCUGAGAAAAACGCACAUGACCUCACGCCUGGAGUUUGCAAAAAGGCAUGUGAAAGACAGAGCAUACGGCACAAGAUUCUGUGGUCUAAUGAGAAUUUUUUCCUCUGGCCUGAAUGCAGAGCGCUAUGUCUGGAGAAAACCAGGCACAGCUCAUCACCCAUCUAACACUAUCCCUACCUGAAGCAUGGUGGUGCAGCAUCAUGCUAUGGGGAUGCUUUUCAGCGGCAGGGACUGGGAGACUGGUAAAGAGGGAGCAAUGAAUGGAGCCCAAUACAGGCAAGUCACUGAUGAGAACCUGCUUCAGAGUACAAACAACUUUAGACUGGUGACAAGAUGUAUGUUCCAACAGGACAAUGACACCAAGCAUACGACCAAAGCAACGCUGGAAUGGCUUCAGAACAAUAAUGUGAAAGGCCUUGAGUGGCCCAGUCAAUGCCGGUUAGACUUGAAGAUUGCUCUUCACUGCUACUCCCCAUCUAAUUUAACAGAACUUGAGAAAAUCUGCAAGGAAGAAUGGGAGAAAAUCCCCAAAUCCAGAUGUGCAAAGCUGAUAGACAUACCCAAGACAACUCAAAGCUGUAAUUGCCGCCAAAGGUGCUUCUACAAAGUAUUGACUCAGGAGUGUGAAUACUUAUGUAAAAGAGAGUUUUCUGUAUUUCAUUUUCAAUAAAUUUGCAACAUUUCAAAAAACAUGUUUUCACUUCGUUAUUAUGGGGUAUUGUGUGUAAAUGGUUGAUAAAUCUAUUUAACCCGUUUUGAGUUCAGGUUGUAACACAACAAAAUGUUGGAAUAAGUCAAGGGGUAUGAACUUUCUGAAGGCACUUGUUUGUAAGUUAGUUGUCAAUUCACCCAGUCACUAGAGGUUGCUGCUUAUUAGCCUCAUCUGGAUUGGUCAUGUCUUUUGCCUUUUUGUAUUGAAUCUUUUCAUAAAUGAAUGCAGAUCUUACCAUGUUAUUGGUUGUCCGUUGUGGUCUUGCUUUCUACAUUGCAAGUGCUGUUUUGUAUGGUCAUUUGGUGGUACUCGCACCGAACCAUGACUACCAAUAUUUCUAAAUCAAGUAGAAUUUGGUAUUACAGUAUUUUCAUUUCCCAUAUAGUCUGAUGUUUGUGUGUGGGGAUUAUAAAUUGACAUUAGUGGCGAUACAGUGCUAGAUCAUCAUAUCUUUUUCUGUGUGAAUUUUCAGCCGCCAAAACCCUCCAGAUCUUCAACAUUGAGAUGAAGAGCAAGAUGAAGGCUCACACCAUGACUGAUGACGUCACUUUCUGGAAGUGGAUCUCCCUCAACACAGUAGCACUGGUCACAGACAACGCCGUCUACCAUUGGAGCAUGGAGGGAGACUCCCAGCCAGUCAAAAUCUUUGACCGACACUCCAGCCUUGCAGGCUGUCAAAUCAUCAACUACCGCACCGACGCCAAACAGAAAUGGCUGCUUCUCAUUGGGAUUUCAGCACAGGUACUGAAAUAGAAGUAUUAUAAUGUAUUUCUGGUUGACGCUAGCUGUAAUCCACUGAAAGUGACUUGCAUUUUUAUUUUUUAAAUCAGUUGGUCAUAGAAGUUCAGCCGUGUGAGUGUCCACACUGUAAUGUACAGCAAUACGCUGACCCGAUAGAGGCCUAUUGCUUGUUUUUUGGCUGUAUUAAAGCUUGAACAGCAUCAUGAAUGUUCUGCCCUGAUAAGGCUUAUUGUACCACUGGAAAAGACUGCUGUAGCACAAGCUCUUAUACAGUAUGUCUAUUCCUUCAUUUCAGCAAAAUCGUGUGGUGGGAGCCAUGCAGCUGUACUCUGUGGACAGGAAGGUGUCCCAGCCCAUUGAGGGCCAUGCUGCCGGCUUUGCCCAGUUCAAAAUGGAGGGUAACACAGAAGAAUCCACACUGUUCUGCUUCGCUGUCCGAGGGCAAGCUGGAGGAAAGGUAGGACUCUCUGCUCAGCAUGGACAUGGAAUAGUCAGGAAGGGCUGUAAUUGAAUGGGAAAAGAAAAAUGGAAGAAGAAGACCAGGAGAUGUCGUUGUUGUUUUUCCUCUGAAUAUGUUUUUCCUUUUCUAGUUACACAUAAUUGAAGUGGGGACCCCACCAACAGGCAAUCAGCCAUUUCCAAAAAAGGCAGUGGAUGUGUUCUUCCCUCCUGAGGCCCAGAAUGACUUCCCUGUAGCCAUGCAGGUACUGGAACCACUUCACAGUAGAUGGACAAGCACUCAAACCUGUUCCAUACAGACAUGCAGGCCCUCAGCAUUAAUACCCGUUAUGACACAGUUACUGAAGCCUUGUCUAUCUGUCCUCUAGAUCAGCUCUAAGCAGGAUGUUGUCUUUCUCAUCACCAAAUAUGGCUACAUCCAUCUGUAUGACCUGGAGACUGGCACCUGCAUCUACAUGAACAGGAUCAGUGGGGAGACCAUCUUUGUUACAGCCCCACAUGAACCAACCGCUGGCAUCAUUGGAGUCAACAGGAAAGGACAG